AUGUACAAUUUCAAGCUAUGGAAAAAUCUGAAAUACGAGUAUUUGCGCGACCUUCUCUUACACAUGGAUCGGUCACACGACAGGGAUAUGGAGUUAGAAGCAUCGAUCAAUAAACUCAUCAAUUACAUUUUAGAUCACAAGAAAGUACAAGCCAUGGCUGAGUUUGAGAAAAAAGCUCGUGAUUUUUAUGCGCAUCCGUUUGAUCCUCUGAUGAAAAUGGAGUUUCUCCACAUGAUGAUACUUGAUGGUUGCUUCCUAGUACAAAUAUUUAGGAAGUUUGUGAAUAAGGAACAGAGGGACAUUAAUGACCCUUUAUUCAACAUGGAUUGCAUGUUCCAGUACAUAUGCCAUGACCUUUUGCUCUUAGAAAAUCAGAUUCCUUGGUUUGUCCUCCAGUCCAUGUAUGAGCUCACCGUGAAGUAUUACCAGAACCAUGAGCGCUGCCUCUCGGAACUCAUCCUCACCGCGCUCAGCUCACAACCACAACUGUCCCAUAACUGCCGGUGGUAUCUGGAUCAUCUAAGAGGAAAUAGUUACAAAGAGGACGAAAGUGUGCUCCACAUUCUCGAUCUCAUAAGAACUUCCAUAGUUUUCUCAUUCACCGAACGCUAUGAGAAACCUCCCUUCGAUGCAAAGAUACAACUGAUAGCUUCAGCAACUGCUCUUUCUGAGGCCGGCAUUAGAUUCAAAAUGAGCUCCGAUGAAUGUAAAAGCAUAAUGAACAUCGAAUGCGAGAAUGGGGUUAUUAUGAUUCCACAUCUAGAAAUUGGAGAGUUAACUGAAUCGAUAUUCAGGAACCUGAUCGCCUUGGAGCAAUGCUGUAACUGGCUGAGCGCUGAAACUGGUUCUGAGUUCUUCAGCAAGCUUUACUGCGACACGGUGCUUACUUAUUUCUACUAUGGUGGACUCUGUACUCGAGUGAAGGAAUACCAAACUGCAUUGAGGAGGUGGCGAGAAAUAUUCAAGCGUAACUAUUGGUCAGAUCCAUGGAAAGCCACCUCCUGGACUGUAGCAAGUAUCCUUCUGAUUCUCACCUUAGUGCAGACUGCAUACACCAUUAAGCAAUACUAUUCUCCUCAGGGAUGA